UAAAGGUCUUGCAAGUUGCACAAUCUGAACGUGUAUUUGAUGAGCUCAGAAAAAUUGCAUAGAACAUUAUUGUGUCUUUGCAGACUUUACAAACUUCAAAAUAUACGGAAAGUUUAACAGCAAAGAAAGCAGAAAAACGUUCUCCCAAAAUGUGCUCGCGACAACAAUACACUAUGAGGUACGCAACUAAUAGUGCCGCUUCUCGCACACGCGCACGUCGGUUGUACAAAAAUACGAAAAGGAUAGCGUGAAGAUCGUUUCUACGUUACCGGCAUUCUUGAAAUUCGUCACCACUUUUUGGCAUCCCCUUAAGAUAAAUAUUUCACUGUUUCACUAGUAUUCCUAGUGACUUCAUGAAAACCCGAUAACGACUCCGGGCAUCGUCACGUCGCGUCCACUCGCUCUUUUUAUUCAGAGACAAAUGAAGUGUCCCUCGCGCGCGCACGCGUGAUAGAACUGACAAGGAAGCAGGCAAACGGCCCUGGUGAAAGACAGUCCGACGACAGUUUGUUAAUAACAUCCUUAGGCAACGAGAUUCGGCAAAAACCAACGUCAAAAUACAACCGGUAUAACCUACACGAGCGUUCGUUUCCUCUCUGAACACGAUGCUACGACGACAACGUGACUCGGCCGGUGUCCUACGAGGACUGUUCAACGUCAAGUCCCGAAACUUACCCGCCGCGGCCGUCUUGCGUGCGGAUGGAAAGACGGUGGUUCGCGAACGAGAAGGACUCCUCGGCUGGCUGAAGGGCAUUUUCAACAGAGCCGCGGACAAGUCGAACGAAGAUAGAGCAAGCCACGAGGUCGCCGCAGCGUUGCAGCAGCGCGAUCACCCAGAAAUAGCGGUUGCCGAGGUGGAUCGCAAAGUCGACGUCGUUAAUCAAAAACUGAACAACUUCGGCGCGGCGGAAUCGACGACGGAGCGGGGGGAUAGGAAGUUCCGUUCCGUCGGGCAGCGCAACGCGGACGAGCGCGGGCGCGCGGUUCAACAGUUGGCGAUUUAUGUCGAGUCGCCGAGUGGCGUCAACUUGAAGGAGAAGCGGAGAAGCAGGCAGGCCCCCGAACGCGGAAGCGACUCGCUCCGCUCCUCUUCGCGGCUCGCACUUCCCGACAAGCUUCAUCGAGCGGAGAGAAUCGGCGCGAUCGAGUUUGCGGCGAGGGACGAUCCCGACGUGGCCGCACAUUAUCGCUGUUACACGGGCCCGAGACACUGUUAUCGCCUGCCACCGCCGCCGCCGCGGACGAGACAGCCGCCUCUUCUUCUGGCCACGUACGGGCCGAAUAGAAACAUCAGCGUGCCGACGCGCGCGAUCGCGGCUUGCGCUGCCAAGCACUCCAAGCCGCCCAUCAGGGAGCCGAACAUGCCCGAAAAGCGCGAGAGGAAGGACGAGAAGAAGCGGGACAAGAAGGAGCCGGUAAUACGUACGGAGCGCGAAUCCAUCGAUAGUAGCGAGAGCCGAGCGGCGAUGGUAGCGGAAGAUAACCCGACCGGCGACCCCGACGCGCCGUUUCGUUACGAGUGGGGCGUGAAACUCGCUGAGGAAGAACCGGCCGAAGCGAGCGAUAACGAUAACUUGGCCGAAAAGGGCCGGCGAUACGUCACGAAGCGGCUUUGGGGAGUGAACCUGACGCACCCGGAUGUCGAAGGUGCCGCGCCGCCGACGUCCGACAGUCCCGGGAGUGGCGCGCAUCGAAACGCCUCCCGGGACUUCGAGAGCGAGGAUACCGCGGCGGAGGCUGGGAAGACGAAAGUUCCACCGAACAGGGCUACGGCGAACGAGCAGGUCGAGUCGAGCUGGAGAGCUAAGGACGAGAAGUCCCUCCCGACUUGGACCGACUCGUCUUCGGCGAGCGGGGAUUCCGUCACGUCGCAGCGGGAUACGAGCGAAGUGAGUUUACCGAGUUCGCAAGCGCUCAGGAAGAUCAUGAGAGCGGUGCCGGGUGUGUCAAGGGAGGCGGUCGUGCUCGAUGACGACUACAACGCGCCGCAGGAAGCGGCCCGGGACGCCGAGAUCUCCGCUUGGCGGAGUCUCGCGUCGAAAUCGAAGCCGGCCAUGCUCGCCAUCUUGUCGGCCACGCGGCCAGAGCAGCUGGAGAGGGUGUCCAUUCGCCCGGAGGCGCCGCAGCCGAAAUUGGACGUGCGAAUGGUGAGGUCUGUCGAGGACAUCACGGAGGGCAAUAAGGACGAGCAGUCUGCCGGAUUCAAGCUGAGCUCCAUGGGCCUCAGGCGCGUCGGACUCAUGGAGACGCCGAGUCUGGACGAUUUCUCGCCCAGCAAGAAACUGCACACAAGCGCGCAGAUUCAUCGCGACAUCGCCCGACGAGGCAUCGGAUCGCUUCCAGCAGACCCUGCUCCUGCCAGCGAAAAUACGCAAAGAAAGGACUCGAAUUCCGAGGGUUCCGCGGAAGAGAAAGUGAGCGACGUAUCGAAUUGGCAGGAUAGACAACAGACCGACUCGGGAAGCCUCAACGAGGAGAGGUCGAGCAGUCCCGAUCCGAGUGACUUGUUAGGAAGCACCGAGCAGAUUCUUUCAUCCGCGAAAGUUCAAACGAGUGGCGAUCAGAAGCAACUGGACGUUGAGGCCGAAAUCAGCGAGAUCACGAACACUAUCGCGGACGAGGAGACAGAGAUUUCCACGAGGCAAUCCCAGAAUGCCGAUCGCGAAAGUGCUGAUCGCAUGGUGACUUCUACGACGGAGGAAUCUCGCGCCGAGGACAAGAGCACUGGCAGCGAAAUUGAAAGUCAUGAAUAUUCUCACUCAAACUACAAUUGCAGGGACUCCUACGACGUGGACCAGCACGCCGACAGCGAGCCGACGAAAUCGCACGAGGUUGGAUCGGCCGGAGAGGCCGCGGAAUCUAUCUUCGCAAGCGCUAAAAAUACCGUUCUCGAUUCCAACGCAGAAGAUGCGAAUGACGACGACUUCGGCGAACAGUACGUCACCGACGGCGAUUACGCGCGGAUACCCGGCGAUCCCUAUCCGUACAGUAAGGAGAACCUGGCCAAAUGGAGGAUGCCGGCGUCCAGGAGUCUGUUCUACGCGCCGAUCAAGCGACAAACCGUCCUCUCCGGACUUGCCUGCGAUCGGUCAAGCCCGCGGAACGCUAACGACAUGUAUGCCAACGCCGCCGGGCAAUCGUACGGUUCUCACGCCGUUGGAACGGUAAUGGAGACUUCAGGAAGCGGCGACGGCGCGAUGGGCGCAAAAAACGUGGGACUCGCGAGCGGAUUCCGCGAUUCCUCGCGCGACCAGCGGGUGGUGGCGCCUGAUUGCGACGCCGUGGACGGGCUGCGAGGAUGGACGGAGGCUUUCUCGAGGCUCGACAACGCCGCCGCGACCGCGAGCGGGAAAACGAACGAGGCGGAGCGAGGCGACAACGCGUCGUUGCGCGCGUAUCAUCAGUAGAGGCUACGCUGCGAAUUCGCGACGUAACUUCCGAUUUCGACACAAGAAGCCUGGCAAGUAGCUACGAAAUUUACAAGUGGGUCCGACUGUGACUCAAAAUUGCGGAAAUGGUCUUACAUUGACGAAGAGCACGAGACGUGAUGAGAAACGUGCGAUUUUUUCGCUGUUUUGUACAUUUUACGAUAAUUCCCGUUUUGCAAUAAAUCAUUAUCAACAAUUGCAUCUAAUGUGAACUAACUGGCGUUUCCAUUUUCAU